AUGAAUUCGCUAAAUCAAUCAAGUCAACCAACGAGGGAUAUGGCCGAAGGUGUUUCCACUAUCCAAGAGUCUGAGAAUACCAGGGAAUCGUCGCCUGGAAAACUGGAGAAGUUAGUAGCUAAGAAAACAGAAGUUGAGGAAGUGCUGACUCUUCUUGAAAAUCAAAUUUACGCUUUUGAGGGAGAUUUGCUCAGCAACUCUUUCUACGGAAGUAUUCUCAAUGGAUGGAAUCGAGCUGCGUUUUCAAUUUUGCCAUCGCAGACAGAUCCAGCAUCAUUGAAGAGAAACUUUCAAGAUGACGAACGUAUCUUUUCACGUUCAUCUGUUGAAUUCAUGAAGCGUAAACGUCGUGAAGCAGUUGAUCAGGAGAAUCGUUCCCAUGGAGUUGCCGCGAGACAGCAGAGAACGAGUACGUCUGUAAAUAGGGAGCUGAGCGGUGAAAACAAUAAACGAACAAAUGUUGUCAUCAAAACUGAACCAAGGAGUCCAAGUCCGGAAAAUAAAAGAAGCAAGCUGAACGGCAGCUGUGCCGGUGCAGCCGAGAAAUGCAUUGAAAACCACAAGUGCAUGAGGCGCGCACCAACAAGAUGGAAUCGAGCUGCGUUUUCAAUUUUGCCAUCGCAGACAGAUCCAGCAUCAUUGAAGAGAAACUUUCAAGAUGACGAACGUAUCUUUUCACGUUCAUCUGUUGAAUUCAUGAAGCGUAAACGUCGUGAAGCAGUUGAUCAGGAGAAUCGUUCCCAUGGAGUUGCCGCGAGACAGCAGAGAACGAGUACG